AUGGAGCUUCGUACCCAGGACGAUUCUAUCCGUCUGCAAGAGCAUCAUACCCAGGACGAUUCUAUCUCUCUGCCAGAUCUCGCAACUGUGUUUGGUCAGAUCACCGACGCGGAUCUGUGCCAGAUGUUUCACAACUUGACAUCGGAAGAAGACCUCAGCGCUGUCCCCCGCGUCUUCAGGAACGCCGAUCCCAGAAUCGUUCCAACUAUCGUCACGGCCGAGCGAAUGGCCCUGGCCCUGGCCCAGGAACAGGCCCCUGCACCCGAGAUCGAUCCCGAAAGUCAGUCCGUUGCCGUCACGUUUGAUGAGCCGACCCGGGCAUCUGCACCAGAGAACAAUCCCAGCAGCGAGCCCGUUGUAGAGCAGCCGAACCAGGCGUCUGCCCCCGAGUACAGUCCCAGAGGUGUGCCUCUUGCAGAGCAGCGGACCCGGGCGUCUACAUCCGGCCACAAUCCUGAGAUUGAGUCUGUUGCCGAGUGGCUAGAAACCGUAGAGGAGGUGCCUGCAUCUGAGCACGGCCCUGAACCUGAGGCCGUUGUCGACACGUCCAAGCAGCCGACUCAGGUUUCUACAUCCCAGCCAGCUCGCCGCAGACAGCAAUAUCCUAGGCUCAGGCGGAAGACUGGCUUCAGGGCCUUUUGCAGUAGAACCAAGAACAAAUUGUUGCUCGGCACAAAGUGUCUCUUUGCCUGUUGCUACUUGACGAUCUGCGUGCUGAUCACCCCUGAGCAACCAUAG